GACUGAAUAAACCUGGCGUAGUCAAUCAAUAAAAAUCAGUAUCCGAAACCAAUUGAUUCAAUUGAUAUUAAUCGAUAUCAAUUGCUGAUUGCUAUUGAUUGAUAUCUGCAAUCAACAAAUAACAAUUGAACUCACAGAAAAAUUUCUUUAUCAAUUACUAUGGAUUGGCAAAAAUUGAUAACAAUCGAUUGGAAAAAAAUUGACAAUAACCACCCAGACUAUUCAAAGGUGGCUUUGUUAUUGUACAAAAUAAUACCUGGAGCAACACAAGACAGACAGUCAUCUUCAGCAUUAUAUUUUAUUUCAGUCUUCUGGGGUCUAAAGCAGAUUCUUGGCAAUCGUCCAUUCAUAGUUGUGUUAACACAUGCAUCCCGAAAAUUGUUUCUUCUUUCACAUGUCAAUAUUUACGGUAGCAAAGUGAUUACUGCUAUGCAACUAUAUUAUAUUUCCUUCUGGCCUACGUUGAUAUCUAUUCUGGUAUUUGUUUCCUAAUGCAGAUAAUCAAAAUCACUAGAACAAAUGACUCUGUUGUUUAUUUGCUUCAUCUUACAUAAUACCAACACUACAAUGAGACUGGAGGAUGGUACACUGUUACUGCAGCCUGAACUUCUUUUGGUGGUUUAAACUGGCAAAGAAAGAUGUAAAGCCCAAAAUGUUUCUCUUAGUUGUUUCUGUUCUCAUCAUUUUGUUGAUAAUUAUGAAAGAUACACAGGCUGUGAUAAAAUGACUCUGACGAAACCAUUACAGUCAAAUUUUGUCAAACAUUUUAUCAGCGUAACUUUGUAAAAGGACAAAAUAAUUUCCGUUAACAAUCAAUAGCAGUCAUUUGAUGAAUCAGUCGUUAUCAAUUACAAUUGGCAAUCGAUAACAAUUGAAGUCACAACUAUUUUUUCUUCACUGAUUUUCAUCGAUUGCUGUUGAUAUCAAUUGAUAUCGAUUAUUGGUUUAUUGAUUGAUUAUGCCUGUAAUAAUUAUAGAUGGCCGCAAUAAUGAGGUGGUUGUAUUAACAGGGUGGCUGUAAGGCAGUCAGUGUAAAGCGCAGACUGUGGACUGCAGACUUCAGGCUGCUGACCAGGGGUAAAAUGCAGACUGCAGUCAGCAGUCUGCAUUUUACAUUGACUGGCUGUAAGCAGGGUUCCACUGCAAUAUUAUUUAAGAAUUAUUCUGAGGGUUUUUUCAUUUCUUUUUCACAUGUAGGUAGGUGUCCUCUAUAAGUAUGGGUUAUCCCUCAGUUAAAGCAAUUAAUUUUGUGACAUUAAUUUAGAGUUAUAGUCAUUAUUUAAUGUGGUCAGGGUGAAACACAGACUGCAGACUGCAGACUGCGAAUGGGGGAAAAAAUGCAGACUGAGGGUGAAAUGCAGACUGUAGACUUUUUAACUAAAAUGUGUUACCAUUUCCAUCAUUGACAGCUAACUGUAAACAAGCUAACAGGUGAUUACAGAAGUGCUAUUGAGGCUAAGCUGAGUGAUAUUCAGUCUAACCUGAGUGAUAUUCAGUCUAGCCUCAGUGAUAUUUACUGGCCAACCAGAGUGCAGACUUUCACUAUGAUUAGGCUGAACAGCCCUGUUUAUGGUCAGCAAUCAAUAAUGGAAAUAAUGCGAUAUAUAUUUAAAAAGUCUACAGUCUACAUUCUGCAUUUUAUCCCCGGUCUAGAGUCUGCGUUACAAUUGUAACUCUUACUGUUAUUUAAUGUGGCUAAAUGUAAUUAAGGUAAAGUUUGACUCAAGCCAAUGCUGGUCAGUGGCCUUUCAGGGCAACCAUACUCUGCACAGGGUCUCAUAUGGGGUUUUUCCAUGGCUGACAUGUACAUGUUUUGCUUGCCGGCUGAGUAAGAACGUGCAAUUUGCCUCAAGUGCCAUUAAUACUUUAAGUGCACUUUUGCUCCCUUGCCUCCCUCCCUAAUUUGCUGGUGAUGGUAAGUAUAUGUGGUGGUAAGUACUGUAUCUCCACCGACUCUGUCAGUGUGGCAGUACCUGGUGGUUGCCACCUAGGGUUGCCAUGGAUACCUACAGCUGUAUGUGCUCUGCUUGAGACUUGUAUCUCGGCUCCACCAUCCCUCAGGCACCUUGCCCAUUACCUUAGCAAUUGGUGACGAGUUUAUAAUACUGGGAAAUCUUAUUUUACUUGCAGAUUCUUGGCUGCACUCAUAACAUAUUAUAGCAAACUGGUCUGCCUCCUGCCAGUUAGGAUUUUUAAUAUAUUUCAUUAUUUCGCUGCAAUAUUUGUUUGAACAGCAUGACAGGGAAGUUGAAACUUAUUUGUAACUGAUCUGAACAUUACCACUGGAAUGACACCAUCAGUAUAAAGUUUUGCAAGCUUAUAAGUGGUUGCCUUAGUUUUAAUUUAAGCUGGUACUGAAUCUCUUUGGCGAUUUUUUUUCACUUGGAAGAAAUGUCAUAGAAUACUUAAUAUAGGAAUCUCUUAUUAAAAUUAGUAUUUUCUGAGCAAUAACAACAACAACAACAACAGUUAUCUGUAAACAACUAUUUCUCUAUCUAGUUAAGGAUGGCACACCUACAGAUGAAGAAUUAGAAGAAUUAGGUGAUAAAAUUGUAGAAAACUGGAAAAAGCUUGGGCGUCGCCUAGAUGUCACUGAUUCAAAGCUCCUGGAAAUAGGUCAAUCUCACGACCAACCUUCUGAAAAGGGAUAUUAUAUGUUAAAGCACUGGAAACAAGAAAAAGGUUCUGGUGCAACCUAUCAAGCAUUGUGUGACGCUUUAAAACAUAGACUUGUGCAGCGCCAAGACUUGGCUGAGCAGUUUUGUUACAUUAAUGGACCGCUGCCUGCUGGUCAUGUACCAGAAGAAAGAGUGACAGGAGAAGUACCUGGUGCUUCUGCAGGUGCAUAUACUGGAACUUCAGCCCAACAUCAAGACAAUUCCAGUGGAGUGAAAAGUAAUCGGAAACGGAAAAGUUCGGAUCCAAAUCCCGAACGAGGUAACUUGCCUAUGAAGAUUUCCUGUGCUAGGGCCACCAGCAGAAACUCACGGAAUCAAGAUCCUCAAGAAGAAAGAGAAAAAGUGAAUAGAUAUAUGGAAGAGAAGAUUGAUGAGGUGAAAUCGCAGAGAAUGUUUGAUCUCUCUACAACUAUGGGGAUACGUCACUUCUGUACGUACUUAGUGGGAGAACUUCAUUUAAUGAAUGUGAACUUCCAAAAGAGUAGCAUUAAAGUGAUUGUCAAAUGCGGUACCAUGGAAAUACUUGAAGGCCUGUGGUGUGAUUAUUGCUCUGGUCACCUAAAUGUAGUUGCCGAGGAAUGCCUUAUUACAGAAGAGGUUAAGGAGGAGCUUGGUAUGGAUACCAUAAAGCUAAACACAACUAUCUUGGAAGAGGACUAUGUAGCGUGCAAAUUGUCUUUGAUAGAAAUUCCAGCUCAAUUUGUCCCAGCUGCUGCUGCUGAUGUGGAUGAUAGAGGAGGUGUAGAAAAAUUAACAGGACCAGGGAAGGGGAAAAAGAAGCGAAAAAAUAAGGGAAGAGGCGGUGCUGGCAGAGGACGUGGCAGAGGACAAGUUUUACCCACUCCUGGAAGACACAAAGGUGCAGGAAGAUCUGUUGAUGAUGACGAAGUUGAAGUUGAAAGCGAAGUGAGACCUCCUACAGGAGCAAGGUCCGUUCCUGAGGCUUUAAGCUCUACAACAGCUGAAUAUGAUGAACUGCAAGAGCCAGAGAUAGGGCAAGAGAGACCGAGAGAGACCAAGACCAUAGCUAAUGAGAUAGUAGGGGAAGUUGGUCGUGUUGCUCCUGCCAAGGCCAGUACAGCAGUCGAUAAGAAACAAGAGCCAGGCUGUUCUGCUUCUAGGGCCAAGACCAAAUUAAAAGGAAAACAACAGCAAGUUCCUGGUCCGAGCAAGUUAUCUACGUCAUCUCCUUCCUCUGGUACCAACGUUAAGGAACCUCAAAGUGUGGCAGCUGCCAACACCACUGCCUCUACUCUGCCUUCCACUGUGACUGCUGCUGCUGGUGCUGCUGAGGCAGCUAGUGUACCAGCCCCCAGUUCUUCUGCUGCUGUUAGGAGAACUGGUGUCCCAACCACCACUGCUGAUGGUAAACAAGAUGUAGAAAAAUUAGCAACAAAACUUGCCUCCAGCUUGACUACAAAAGCUCGUCAAACACAAGGAAAUGGUGGGCCACAUCCCCCUAAAAGACCAGGUUAUGGUACUGUAGGCCGCCCUAUAAGGUUAAGGGCAAACUUCUUCCACCUCAAUGUUUCAUCACAACUAUCAGAUCUCUACCACUAUGAUGUAGUGAUUACCCCAAACAAGUGUCCCCGAUCAGUGAAGAGAGACGUUGUGAAUGAAAUCAUAAGGAGGUACAAAGAUACAACAUUCCAAGGUCACCACCCUGCUUUUGAUGGCGAGAAGAAUUUGUAUAGCAGAAUCAAACUUCCUCCAGUGAGUUUAGGUCUUACUGCUGUGUAAAACUCCUGAACCGUAAGGGACCUGGAGAUAUUGCAUUUACAUGAUUGUGUAUAUUAGAGAGACAAAUCCUAUUACA